CCUGAUUACUAGUGCGUGUGUUGUUUUAAAGACUACCUCAAAUAAGGUCGAAAUAAUAUUUAUUUGUUGUUUAUUAAGAUUAAAUAUUGAUUGUUAUUAGUGUUUGAUUACCAAUACCAUAUUUUUGGUCUAUCUGUGAUUACUUAUCAUUAAAUGCAAACAAGGUGAUAAUGCGGUAUCGUUGGAGAAUAUCUUUUAUUAUUGCGUUGGCACUACUGAUAAAAAGUGAAUCAUAGAUAAAAAUAUACUUCCACUUAAGUCAUAAUUCACAUAGAUACGCUUAGUUAAGACUUUAUAAAUAGACGAGUUUAUCUGAAGUGAUGUGAUUCCCCGUCCUUUUGUAAUCUAAUAAUUGUUUCAAGAUGUUAAAACUAAUUUAACAUAGAUCAUAAUAUAUCAGUUAAAGUUUUAGUAUUACUUUAUUUGAAUAGUUUUAUCAACAAUGGAAUAUGAUUAUGAUUAUAAGUUUGCAUAUAAACAACACUUCGGUUUAUCAAGUUCAGAAAGUGGUUCAGAAAACGAGGAAACAUUUCAGAAGCUAUAUGGAAAGUACGAACCACCCCCUGUCCCGAUUGAUCCAGAUAAGGUUGUCAUUAUACAACCAGAAGAACCAUUAAACGGUCCAAAUGAGCGCAAAAUUAGUAUCAAUACCAAUGAAUCGAAUUUAAAACUUACUAAAAUGAAACGCAAAAGUAAAAAAGGUGAAAAUAAAAAACCAAUUUCAGGCGAAACUCCUGUGAUAGAAAAUGUACAAUCUGAGAAAGAAAAUAAGGAAUCUAGAAAUUCUCUAUCCUAUAAUCAAGUUGCAAGUCACAUUAAGGAAGUAGUGGCAAAGCAUUUACAUCAAACAAUUGCUGAUAUUAAUUUUCCAGCUCACAAUAAAUUGCAAUUUUAUGAAUCUACAUUUAUCUUUGAAAAUUCAAUAUCAGGUAUUGAUAGUAGAGUAGAUCAAUGUCUGUCUUCCAAAAGUAAUUCUGCCCAUAAUUGUCAGCUGAUCUCAUCUUCUACAGAAUCGGUAAACCAAAAAAUGAAAAGCAACCCAAAGAAGAAGAAAAAGAAAGCUAAAAAAAAUAAUCAAUUGGAAAACCAACAAGUACUGGAAUCUGUAAAACUUACUUUUGUGUUAAAAGAAGAUGAUUUUCCACCUCUUGUACAAAGCAAACAAGCUUCUUGUAUUAGAAAGAGCAAAAUAAAAGAAUCAAACUGCGAAGAAAAAAAUUAUUCACAAAUGUAUGAUACAGAAAAUGAAAGUGAAAUAACAAAUCAUUCUCAAAAUUUUCUUGAUGAGGGAGUGAUAAUACCAGAAUUGAAGCAACUAAUUGAGUGUAAUUUUGAUUCUAGUAGCAUCUGUACAUAUGAAACAAGUAAAUCUCCAGUUUAUGAGAAUAUAAUUGUGAAACAGAAUAAUAUCAUCGAUAAUAUACUGAAAGACACCAGUUUUGAUUUUCUGAUUAACUAUUACAGUUUUUAUAAUAAUUCAGAAUCAGAGAAGCACUUGGCAAGCUAUAAAGUUGAAAAUAAAUUGUUCAAAAAAGGUCUGAAGGUGAAAAAAAUUGAAAAGAAGGUUGUGAAACUUGACGAGGCUUGUAUUUCUGAAAAUACAGUAAAAACAACUGAUAGAAAACAAAAUGAUAACAUCUCCAGUGCCUUAUGGCUUAAACCAUCACCUGUUCCUGAAAAUAUUGUAGAGAAACCUAAAAUUGAAUCGAAACUUGAAAAUAAAUUAACACAAAAUAAAAUAUUUGAUUCAAUUAAUGUCAAUAGUUCUGAUGAUAUUUCAAGCUCUGGUAGAAAUGAUUCGAUUUGUUGCAAACACUGCUGUAGUCAAAUAACAGACAAUUUAUCAAUUAAUACACGAGACGUGGGUAUUAAUACUGAUGAUCGAAAGCUGUCAAUAGAGACCAAUAGCAUUGGAAUAGGCACUUCCGAUGGAGAAAAAGAUAAUUGUGUAAUUAUACAAAAUGUAGAUUUUGAUAUGAAUCAAAAAGGCAUCAAAACCCCGGAGUCCAUUUUGAACAUGUCUAUUAUAGAUGUAGUAAAUAAAUUUAUAGAGAUAGGAAUAUGUGACGACGAACUGCAUCCACAAAUUCAGUUAGGAAUACAACUGAUACUCAUUUAUUUAAUAAUUAAAAUGUUUUUAUCUAUUAUGAUUUGUGCUGUGGAUAAUAUGAUCCUCUUAUGGAUACUAUUUUUAUUUAGAUUCCUAUUCAGAUCGUUGGUGUUGCUGCCUUUGGGUAGUAGCCGACUGAGUAAGUGACAAGACAGGAGGAACAUCAGCGUCAAACCUUUCUGAGGUCUUUCUAUAGAUAGAGAGUUGGAUAGAUCGGUCUUUGAGAAAGCUACUAAGCUAGCCGAUAAGUGAGGACGACAAACAGUUCGAUCUUAAUUUAUUUAGAAAGUUUUCAUCCCAAACAAUGUCAAAAGCCUUCGAUAUGUGAUGUGUGAUUGCUGUGGAUUCCCCAUAUAGCUUCAGACAAUACAUUGGUGACAUAGGCGAGGAGGUGCUCGGUUGAUCUAAGCUUUCGGAAGGCGUAUUGAUGGUCGCUGAUGACUCAUGACUCAUCAUUUCUGAAGAUUUGUUAGUUGGGAUUAAAUCAAUCAGACAGUCUUUUUUAUCAUUUUUUUUUAUUAUGGGUUGAACCUAGCAGCCAUUUUAUUAUUAUUUGUAGGGUCAUAAUAAUGUGAUACACUUAAAAAUUAACAAGGGGCUGUAAGUUAAGGCUGUUUUAUUUAUAUCAAAAUGAUCCUAUUUUCAUAUAAAGUUGGUUAUAACAUAUUUUGUAAUAUAUAUAAUUUACGGGCGAUGUGUGGUCGGGAAAUGGAAAGGGGGAAAUUUUUAAGGGUACAAAACGGUUUACCUCGAUUUGCAGCAAAACUACAAGUCUUAUGGAAAAAGGACUUAUAACCCAGUUGUUCAGUUAGUUAUCAAUUUCAAUUUUUCACACAAAUUUUGAGGUUUUAUGAAAAAAGUGUAUUAACAAAAGUUGUAGAUCUUUUCAUUACCUACAAUUUUGUGAUUCAACUUAUUUCCAUAGGACUUGUAGUUUUGCUAUUUUUCAAUUUUUAUUGUAUUUUCCCCAUUUUCCAAUGGAUUUCAUCCUACUAUGAUUUUUUUAAACUUUUCUUCAUUUUUAAACCUUAUUUGUACAAGAUUCUAAUCGAUUCUUUUAUUUUCAAGAUUUUUAUUUUGUAUUGACAUUUGAACUACUAGUUCAAAAUAAAUUUGUAUCGAUAUUUCAUGUUUCAUUGAUUUCCAUCAAUUUUUCGAUUUUGUUCCAAACUAAAAGUUCGAUAUUUUUAAUAAAUUUGUAUGAA